UCCAGCGCUGAUCCCCGUGUUCUUGUUUACACCUCGCGGACGGGGACGAGACAAGACACCCAGGGGCUCGGAACAGACGCGGGAGCCCAGAGUCUGCGGCGGACGCGGCUACCUUGACAGCAUCUCCCCCCCUUGGCACUCCUUUUUUUACGGUCGCACAGCAAGUUUCUCUCCGCUGGAAGCGGGACUCUAUCGAUUAACUUCAUCUCUCCGUUCAGAGCAGAAAUGCGUCAAACUUUUUGGUGACUUUUGCGGCACCUUUGCGCGCAGGGCUCCCAGACAAGCGGGGUUCAAGUGCGGCUGGAAAUGAAAUCUACCAGGAGUAGCACCGACAAAUUGUUCCUGUAUAUCCACAGGGUGUGAUCUCUACGGACCUCUUCAAACUUUGAUUACGGGCGGAAAUUACUCCCUUUCAAUCUUUUUUUGUGACAGCCACAAGCUGCCCGGUGAUGGAUGUGUUUUGAGCGUUGCGCUCUGUUUGCGUCAGUCAAGAACUAUUUACCAAAACAACGACAUUCAACAUAUUAUUACUGGACUGGCUGGUGUUUCACUCUUUCCUGGGAGAUCUUUCCGGGGUAAAGACUUUGUUGGACAGGAGCCACUUUGGUGUGCCAGAAGCACCGCAGGUUACGCUGCGUGGACAACCAGGACGUUUCGCAACGGCGUAGCCGGACAAGAUGCUCUCUGUUCGGAUGCAGCGUGACCAAGGUGUCGCUCCUCUGGUUCUUCUCCUCCUGGUCGGGGGAAGUGUCGUGUCUGGCACUGAGAGCAGUGACUACAGCGAGGCCGAGGUUCUCCCCGACUCAUUCCCGUCAGCACCGGCAGAACCUCUCCCAGAAUUCCUGCUGGAACCGGAGGACGCCUUCAUCGUCAAAAACCGGCCGGUCCAGCUACGCUGCCGGGCAUCGCCGGCAACCCAGAUCUACUUCAAAUGUAACGGAGAAUGGGUCAAUCAAAAUGACCACGUCACCAGAGAGAGCCUGGACCAGAUCACGGGUCUGGUGGUGCGGGAGGUGGACAUCUCGGUGUCUAGGACCCAGGUGGAGGAGCUGUUUGGCUUGGAGGACUACUGGUGCCAGUGUGUGGCCUGGAGCUCGGCUGGCACUACAAAGAGCAACCGUGCCUAUGUUCGCAUUGCAUACCUGAGGAAGAACUUUGAGCAGGAGCCGCUGGGGCGGGAGGUGCGACUCGAGCAGGAGGUGCUUUUGCAGUGUCGCCCCCCAGAGGGCAUGCCCGCUGCCGAGGUGGACUGGCUAAAGAAUGAGGACGUCAUAGAUCCAUCGCAGGACUCCAACUUCCUGAUCACCAUAGAUCAUGAUCUGAUCAUCAAACAGGCCCGGCUCUCGGACACCGCCAACUACACCUGCGUGGCUCGCAACGUGGUGGCCAAAAGACGCAGCAGCACAGCUACUCUUAUUGUUUAUGUGAGCGGAGGCUGGUCUUCUUGGACCGAAUGGUCAGAGUGUAACGCUCGGUGUGGGCGAGGCUGGCAGCGGCGAACACGCAGCUGCACCAAUCCUGCCCCUCUGAAUGGAGGAGCUUUCUGCGAGGGCCCUCCUUUCCAGAGAGUGACCUGCACCACACUGUGCCCAGUGGAUGGCGGCUGGACAGAGUGGGCAAAGUGGUCUGCCUGUGGGACAGAGUGCACCCACUGGCGCAGCCGCGAGUGCCAAGCCCCCCCACCCAGGAACGGAGGAAAGCACUGCAGCGGCAGCAUGAUGGAGAGCAAAAACUGCACCGAGGGGCUGUGUGCGCGCAAUAAAAAGAUUUCUAUUGAACAUGCAAGCCAUCCGCUGGCUCCAGGUAUGGAUGUAGCAGUCUACGCUGGCCUGGUGGGGGCUCUGCUACUGUGUGUAAUACUGGUGUUGUGCGUGGGAGUGCUCGCAUAUCGCCGCAGAUGCCGCCAUCUCCACGGAGACAUCACCGAUUCCUCGUCUGCUCUCACUGCCGCCUUCCACCCUGGCAACUACAAGCCUCCCAGACAGGAUAACCCCCACCCUCUGCAUCCCUCAGCGCCUCCGGAUCUGACAGCCACAGCGGGGGCGUUCCGCGGGCCGCUCUUCUCCCUGCAGCACGGGGUCAACGACAGCCCCCACAAAAUCCCCAUGACCACCUCUCCCCUGCUCGACCCGCUGCCCAGUCUCAAAAUCAAGGUGUACAACUCCUCCACUCUCUCCUCCCUGGAGCUCCCCGCGGACAUGUGCUCCGACGGGGAGAUCCUCAGCCUGAAGUCGGUGGGUACCGUGGGAAGAGAGCGAGACUACCACAGCCACACCCUGUCCAGAGAGCCUGGACUGAGCACCAGCGCCACCCUGGGUAAUCUGGGAGGACGCCUCACAAUCCCCAAUACAGGUGUGAGUCUGCUGAUCCCCCCUGGCACAAUCCCUCAGGGGAAGUUCUAUGAGAUGUACCUCAUUAUCAACAAGUGGGACAAAACUACGCUACCCUCUGAGGGCAGUCAGACUGUACUAAGUCCUGUAGUGAGCUGUGGCCCAUCCGGCAUGCUGCUGAACCGCCCUGUGGUGCUUACUUUGCCCCACUGUGCCCAGCUAGACACACCUACUCCUGACUGGACCCUCACGCUCAAGACACAGACACACCAGGGGGCUUGGGAGGAGGUGCUGACAGUAGGAGAGGAGACUUUGUCGUCUCCGUGCUACCUGCAGCUGGAGGAGGAGUGUUGUCAUGUUCUCAUGGAGCAGCUGGGAACAUACGGCCUGGUGGGCCAGUCCUGCCCUCCACAGCCUGCCUGCAAACGCCUGCAGCUGGCUCUGUUUGCCCCCCGAGCGCCCUGCCUCUCCCUGGACUACAGCCUCCGUAUCUACUGCAUCCAUGACACCCCACAUGCACUCAAGGAGGUGCUGGAUUUGGAGAGGAGUCUAGGUGGAGUUUUGCUGGAGGAUCCCAAGCCGCUGCUCUUCAAAGACAGCUACCACAACCUGCGCCUGUCCAUCCACGACAUUCCUCACACUCACUGGAGAAGCAAACUACUGGCAAAGUAUCAGGAGAUUCCUUUCUAUCACAUCUGGAGCGGCAGUCAGAGACCGCUGCACUGCACCUUCAGCCUGGAGAGGGGCAGCCUGGCGGUGUCACAGCUCACCUGCAAGAUCUGUGUCCGACAGGUCGAAGGGGAGGGACAGAUAUUCCAGCUGCGCACGGAUAUUCAGGAGGUAAUGGUGCCAACUGAACACAACACAGAUAAAGCUGCUACGAAAGCCACACAGCCAUGCCAGAAAGAGGUUGGCCUCAAUGCUUCUCACCUUCUCUCAAUCCAGACUCUACCGCCACACUCGCCCCUCCCCUCAGGAGGCACCUGCCUGCCCUCCUCUCAGGUGGGACCCUAUGCCUUUCGUUUGCCUGACUCCAUCCGCCAGAAGAUCUGUGCCAGUUUGGAUGCACCCAGUGCUCGAGGAUGUGACUGGAGACUACUGGCACGCAGUCUGGGCUUCGACAGGUACUUGAACUACUUUGCAACAAAGCCCAGCCCCACAGGUGUUCUGCUGGACUUAUGGGAAGCUUGUCACCAGGCUGACGCAGACCUGGUCUCUCUGGCGACCGCGCUGGAAGAGAUGGGCAAAAGUGAGGUGCUAGUUGUCAUGACGACAGAUGGGGAUUGUUGAUUGGUCAAGGAAAGGAGAGAGCAAGCAAGACAUUCUUUUUUUCCCCCGGCCGCCGUGAUGAAAAUAAGCAUACCUGCCUAUGAAUAUGCACAAAUCGCAGGCCCACAGAGCAUUUUGGUCCCUUCACAUGUACUAUAUUACCUCUGCCUCAUCCUCCUUUUCACUGCCCCUUUUCAGCCACCGUAGCUACAUACUCACAAUAACCCUUUCCCACACGGGCCAUCCCAUGAUAACUGCUAACCUGAUUCAGCUUGAAUCCUCCAAAGCAAUGUUGCAUCUGCAAGAUGUGAAACCAAUUUGAGGGUACGAAGGCGUAAAAUGGGUGUUAAGUCAUCUGUCAUAUACGAUGUUGACUGUCUUCAAAGAUUGAAAUGAUGCUAUUCUUGUAUAUACAAAGCUUUGGGACAAACAAACAAAAAAAACCCCAUGUAUUCAGCACAAAAAGGCGCGCACGCACACACACACACACAGACGCUAACACGGGGAUUACCCAUGUUUCAGCAGCAGCAUGAAAGUGCAUGAUUUAACACCGUCUCACCUCAUGGCAGGGGCUUUUGUUUUCUCCAUCACCAUUCUGCGUGUGCAGUGAAUGACAGGCAGCACCGACCUGUCUGCAACCUCCUCAGGCUACAGACACACUGCUACACGCACGCACACACACACGGACAAACUGAUCAUUAACCAGCUCUGAAUCACACAGGCUAGGAUCUCUUGUCUAACUGCUUCAGCUGUCGACAAAUCAUGUGAGGACCGAACCCUCAAGGUUUGAGGGCUUGAGUGUACGCUUUGUGCUGAAAAGAAAAGCUGCCUCUUCUUUGUGGUAGGAGGGUGAAUUGUGAAGUUUGUUUAAGAAUUGGCGGAUAACUAGGCAGACUGACUCUUUAUAUUGUACCAACAAAUGCCUCAAAGCCUUGGCAUAUCAUUCCGACUCACAGGGGUGUUUCUCUUUCAUCUCUCCUCGCAUUCCUCUAUCGCUGCGCCACACUCCUCCGACCUGUUGAGAAUAAACUGCAGGAGAGCUUUCUGGUCAUCCCUUAAAAGUUUCCUUUGGGGAACGCUCUUUAAGUUAUUAUCCAUAUUUGUGGAUUUUUGUUUGUUUGUAUUUUUUUUUCAUUGUCAGUGCUGUUAACGAUCAUAUAGAACCUGUUCUAUCUGCUGUGCUUGUUUCGGCUGCGGAGCUGCUGUCUUUUAUUUUUGAUUCUUGUAGAGCGGGCCAAAUGGGAGAGUUAGGUGCACAGUGGACGUCUCAGUUGUGAAUAAUAACACCGUGUUUAUUUGUCAUUUUUAAUACUGUGUAUCUAUUCAAAAUGUAAAGUAUAACCUGUAAAACAUGAUUAGAGGUGGUCAAAUGUCCAGGUGAAUAUACUGUAGGCAUUUUGCUUUGCUGUGACUAAGGGCAGUUUCCACUGUUCAGAGAUGAGUACAACACAAUAGAUUAGCCUCGCCUUGAAUAAUUAGGCAGCAAGGGACCAUCAAAUUUACCUCAACUCUAACUGCAUUAUGUCUCGAUCUAUUCUCUGUCCACCGCUUAUCUAUGUGUCUAUCUGUCCAUCCAUUGCCCUGUAUAUCAUUAUGUCUCCCCACUCUCAUCUUGAUAGCACAUUGUCAACCUUUUUACUAAGCCACCUGCUUUGUGGUCAGGGUCCUCAUGCUGUUUGCAUUAUCACUAUUGUUCUGUCAGUUAUUGUUCGACAGGAAUUGAAAUGUUGUCAUUACUUAAGUUUUGUGUGUUAUUGAGUCUUUUUCUCCCUCAAAGCAAAAAAAAAAGUGUUCAUAUCUUUGAAACCACAAAUACCAAAACACAGGCAGUAUCCCUCCUCUUUAGCAGUGAGUCGUGUCACUGUUUUGUGUGAGUGAACUGAAAACAUGUGUGUGUGUGUGUGUGUGUUGAGUGAAUGGGUAUGUUUGGGCAGGUGGGUGUGCACAAGCAGUAUAUGCACACGCUUAAGAUCUGUCAUUUCUCUUUGUAAGUGCUAUGCAAGUACAAAAGAAAAGCGAAGCAUUUUGACUUCUUUUGUUUCCUGGAAGAGUAACUCUAUUUUUUCAGAUCAGGGCAUUGACAGGGUUUUGAUUUUGUAUCCUAAAGUGGUUUAAGAGUGGUUUAGCAUUUUUGGUGCCGGCAUUCUCCAUCUGGAUCAGAAGAAGCGGAUCACUGACCAAGAGAGCCAAAACUGAAAAAGCACAUGUGGGAGAACAAAACAAAGUGUGGUGCAAUGGCUACAAAACAAGUUGUGACUAACAUCAUGAGCCCGUGCCCUGUAGGUCUUUGACCGUGAGGAAAUAUCUGAACAUCACCAGUUCGGUACUUUGGAUCCCUGAACACUGCAGGACUGUUUUCUUUCCUCAAAUCUUGUUACAGAGACUGGCUAGCUGUAGACUACAGUGUUUAUUCGUCCAGAUUUCUUGAGUAUCUGUUGGAUCUUUGGCCAUAGCUCUGGAUCAUUUCUGCUGGAGCUGGACUGGAUCCCUCCUUGCUCCCAUCAAAGAGAAGAAUUUAGCCUUUGUUCACGAGGACAGACAUUUUUAAAAAAACAAAAUGGAUUCAGUGACAUUAUUUUAUCUCUGUAAAGUACCAAUUGUAAAUAAACGGUCUAGCCUUCUUACCUGUAACUAAAUAUAAUUUUUAUGCAA